ACAACCGGAAGAAGUGUUUUAUCAUGAUUGACUUGUUGGGCUCGCAGAAGACGACCAAGGCACCGCCAACAUUUUUAAGCUAGCAAACAUUGCCUUAUCAGGUAUCGUCAGGUUCAAAUACCGUUCAAUGUAGUGGUGACUGUACAGUAAGCAUGGUAUUCUGUGUUUGCAGUUGGGUCGUAUAACUUUGCCCAGUGGAGAUGGAUGAUGAGCUGGAGAACUUCAUCAGGGAGCGGAAGGCAAGAGUGGCCGAGGAUAAAGCCCGUUUAGAGCAAGACCCUCCUUACAUGGAAAUAAAGGCAAAACCCCACAGAUUAUAUGGAUCCACUAUUAAGGAGAACAUCCCUCCCAAGUCAAUAGCACAGGGGAAAGAGGAGAGCAGCAGUGUGGGUCUGCCUCUUGGCGUGGAGUACGAGAAGAAGAAACAGAGGCUGCAGCAUGAGCUCCGUAUGGACUACAGGCGCUACAUGGCUCAGAAAAAACACUUUGACCCUGAACAGCCUGGACCAUUAAUUCACCUUGAUAACAGGAGGCCUGUUAAGCCACACCUGCUAGAAGGCCGGGCAGGUGAUCUCAGACAGCGACCCCCCUCACGGAGAGAUGCAGCCACUCUGACAGAGGACAGUAGGGGAUUGCACAGGGACCUGUGCCUCGCCGAGGGUAAGACUCUCUUCCCUGAGGAGGAUGAGGAGCAGUCGUCAGUACUUUCCAGACUUUCUAGACAUCGUGACAGGCUGGGGAGGCCAGUGGACCAGGAGUCAGAGGAGGAGGAAUACACCAAGGAGGAGCUGGAGCUGAUGGAGGGCAGGAGGCGCAGACAUAUGGGGGUGGAGGCCAGUUAUGAGAAGAGACGAUCUAUUAAGACUGAUGGCAGGGAGAAGAGAGAUAUUCCAUUAGGUUUUGCCAGAGAAGGCAGGAGAUCAAGGACACUGACCAGAAACGAUGAUGCUGAGUUUGCCACUGGCCUUAUAAUCGGAGCAGCUGAUACAGAUGAGGCCUUGCAGAGGAGGAAAGAGUGUUACAGACAGGAGCUACAGGAGCAGAUAGCUGAACAGCACAGGAACAAGAAAAGGGAGAAAGAUUUGGAGCUGAAAGUUGCUGCAACUGGAAUAAAUGAUCCUGAAAAACAGCCGGACCGAAUCAGACAGUUUGGUCUGAGCAGGAGAAAAGAUCCUCAGGUUUUGGAGCCUUCAGCAACAGGAGAGAGCGAGUCAUCAUCCAGAGGUCUCUCUAACAAUGAGAAGAUUGGUGUUCGAGACAGAGAGAUGCCUCCUCCUGAUCAGCCCCACGUGGCCUUCCAGUCCCCUGUGUUGGAAUACAACUCUGCCCUGGGCCUGGGGGGAGGCGCUCUGUCUCCCAGCAGCCAGCCUGCUGCCCCCUCCUUCCCCAGAGCCAUGGACACUCCCAGAAUCCCCUUGCUCCCUCCCCAUCCCCCUUCAACACUUGGUGAAACCUACAGGAGCCCGUAUGGAGAGCCCCAUCACUACUACGGCACCAGAAACCUUCUUGACCCAAACAUGGCCUACUAUGGUCAUUUGUCCGUUCCCGGUGCUGGCCUUCCUGUGUCCUACUGGAAUGUACCACCAGGGGGAGCUGUGCCCUGCCAGUUUGGUAACCACAGCCCUCAAAGCCAGCACAGUGGAAGCAGCUUCCCUGAGCCUCCAAUACAGCCCAGUAAUGAGGCUGCUGCUGCAGACUCGCGUGCUGGGCUGUUCCCUCCAGAGAGAUCCAGAUCAACCAGGGAGAGGAUUUACAGAGAGGCUCUGAAACAACAGGAAGCUUCCAGGAGAGGGAACAGCGACUUUUUGAGCAAGAUUCAGGAGCAACAGGAACGGAGGCGUCUGGAAAGGGAAGAGCGGGAGCGCUACGAGGCUCAGCUGGAGGCCGACAUGAAGAACCACCAGCCCUGGGGUCGAGGUGGAGGAGGAGCCCCGCUCAGAGACAGCACCGGAAAUCUCAUUGCUGACCUCAACCAGAUGCACAAGCUGAAUGAGGAGGCCUACAGCAACCCGGAGCAGUGGCAGAGGAGAGCCACGGCGGCCAUGACAGCCCGCCGGGCAGAGCACUCUGACCCCAACGAGAGGGUCUCUGGUACUGUAGCAUUGUGCAGUAUCCAUGACACUAGUGACAGGCUCCCUGGUUUCACACAUGUCCAAACCCCCCAGUUUGCCAGAAGCAAUGUAUUUGCCAACCAGCCCAGUCUGCAGCAGCUCCAGGAACAGGACAAGUACAAAGCUUACCUCAAACAGCAGAUUGAGGAGAAACUGCGUAAAAAAGCAGAAGAGAGGGAACGGACCAGAUUGGAGGAGGAGAGAGAGGAGAAGAGGCUGGAGGAGCAGAGGGCUCGCAUUCAGAAGGAGUAUGAGGAAGAACAAGAGAGAAAGAAACGGAAAGAAAUGGAGCAAAAGGCCAAGAACGAGGAGCUGAUUCAGCUGGCUGAACAGCGUAAGAAGGAGGCAGAGAGGAAGAAGAAGGAAGAAGAAGAGAAGGAGAGUGCGGCACUGAGGAGGCAGUAUGAGAGGGAGAGGCAGGCUCGGGUGGAGGAGGUACACAGGGAGCCCUCCCCUCCGAUCCCCACCCUGCAGAAGAAACACGGGCAGCACCAGUACACCCCGAGACCUCCCACUGUGGAGAGCCGGCAUUCUACUGCACACCUGUCUGAGCGCUCUUUGUCUGGACUCCAGUCCCCCCCUGUCCCCGCUUGUAGGAAUCAGCUCCGAGCUGCAGGAGACCAGCGGGACGUGUUCAGUGAGCUGUCAGCGCUGCGUCGGCAGCUUCGCAGUGAACAAAAACGACUGGAGGGUCAUCUGCAGCAAGGCGACUGGGAGGAAUUAGACUCUCCCCUGAGUGAAAGACAUCAGGAGCGUCCCCAGGUGGAUGUGUUUGAUAUGGCCAGGCUGCGGCUCCAGGCUCCGGUCCGAAGGCCGAACUCCAGAAACACAGAGCCCAGAAACCUGCUGCGAAUCCACGACUCCCUUCAGCUCAAAUACACAGACGAUGAAUCCAGGCUCGGCUCCACUGAGGUUCCUAAGCUGGAGGAAGUGGGUGUGGUCAGCAGGAGAAGGCGGGACUACAGGGAUCCAUAUCAACAACUCAGCAGCCAGAGGUCUACAGUACAGGAUGAUUAUUUUGACCUGUCCCCACCACAUCAAAAUGAUUACCUGAGGAAUGUGAUGGGAGGAUCUGCAAGAGGUUCUCUGCUGGAGUCAGAGAGUGCUUUUAUUGACCCUUUAGGCGAUGCCUUUCCAGUGCAGCGCACCCCAGAGCUUGAGAAGAUCCCCCAGCUGUCAGCCAGGGAGAGGAGGAGGCUGGCCAAACAGUCACAGCGCCCCCAGGAACGAGCUGCCUCCAGCCAGCAUAUUGGCCAAUUUGGAGACUACUCUGCCCACACAGGUAACAGGCUGCAGCAGGACACGGAGCCCAGCGGGGAGGGGAGGAGCCGGAACAGGACGGGUCGUCUGAUGGCCCUCAGUCGUCGUGGCAACACAGCCGGACCAGUGGAUCUGUCUGAUGACGACUCCUCACCUCCUCACUUUUCUCCCUACAAUCGUAACCAUCAAAGCUCUGUAGAAACUGUGGCCACUGAUCCCUGGAUGCGGGCCAGGAACAUCGGACACACUCGGACACAGUGUUUAGACCGACCACUGAGGAGGGAGCGAUUGACAACAUAGGACCCUGUAUCCCGAACCUGGGAGGUGCCUUCCAGUUUUGACAGUCUAUUUUAACCCAGAAUACACCCUUCUGUCUUUGAAUUAUGAGAUUACAGUUGAUUUGAACUCAUAGCUUACAGAUGGAUAUGUCAGUAUGAAUGUCGGAUACCAAGUGGUAUUUGCUUUUUUUCAUUGUUUACAUCAUCAAUGAACCUCAAUGUCUGAUCUCAGAGUGAGUUCUUGUUUAUGGGUAUAUACUAUUUUAUUAAUGACUAAAUUAUGUUUUGAAUAAAUUAUUUUUUCAUUAUAUGA